AUGAGUGAUCGAAAUACUGAAUAUAUUCUUAUACGAAAUCGAAAACCAAAAAAAUCAAGACAGCAUUAUUAUGAUGAAGAUGCUAAUUAUGAUGAUGAUGAAGAUGAUGAUGAUGAUUCACAAAUAUAUGCUCGAUUAGUUCCAAGAAAACCACGUAAAGAACAACGUAUUAAAUACAUUUCAAAUGAUGAAAAUGAUUUCGAUUAUCGAAGACAAAUAAGUGAUUCUAAAAUACGAACGCGAAAAAAAACAAAUGGUAAUCAAAUUAUACUUAAUGAAGGUGAUAUAAUAAAAGUAAUACGAAAUAGUCGUACACCUUCUCCAUUACCUAUUGAACGUGGACGAUUAAAAUCUCGUCCUCGUGUAUCUCAAUCAGUUUUUUAUGAAACAUCUUCUGGUCAUUUAAUUUCACGUCCAUUUAAAAAAAAUACUUCACCAACGAAAAAAACUCAAGUUGUUUAUGCUGAUGAUGAACCAACAAGAGUUAUUAAAAAAGUUAUUAUUGAUCCUCGAACAGGUGAUCGUGAAACAAUUUAUAAAAAAGAUAAACCUAAAAAACAACAAAAAUAUUAUAUGCCACAACAUCCAAAUGAAAUAUUAUUUGAUUCUGAUGAUGAUGAUGAUGAUGAUGAUUAUGAGCAAUACCCAAAACAAUAUGUUAAAUUAUCAAAACAUCGAAAUGUUUCAACAGAAGUAUUACCAAGACGUGAAUCAUCACCAAAAUAUAUUAUGAUUAAAAAAAAAGUUGAUUCUGAACCUGCUUAUACUUUAACAUCAAAAAUGCCAUCAAUAAAAACUAAUCGUCGAGUUGUAUAUGAAAUACCAACUAAAAAAUCAUUAGCAAAUUAUGUCUAUUCAUCUAAUGGAAAAUAUUAUAAAUAA